ACCGAGGAUACUGAGAGGUGGGAGCGGUGUUAGCGAUUUCAAACCCCGCUGAGGAGCGGCCGGACACUCGCCGCGCAGACCCGCCGGGGCACAGGAAUUACUGUAAUUAUAAGAGAGAACCUGAAUUACAAUGGGGGACGACAGUGAGUGGAUGAAACUGCCCAUUGACCAGAAAUGUGAGCACAAGCUAUGGAAAGCCAGAUUAAAUGGUUAUGAAGAAGCCCUUAAGCUCUUCCAGAAGAUAGAUGAUGAAAAGAGUCCUGAAUGGUCCAAGUAUCUUGGAUUGAUAAAAAAGUUUGUGACAGACUCCAAUGCAGUGGCUCAGUUGAAAGGACUGGAAGCAGCACUUGCUUAUGUUGAAAAUGCACAUGUAGCUGGGAAGACUACAGGAGAAGUAGCUUCUGGAGUUGUAAAUAAAGUGUUCAAUCAGCCAAAAGCCAGAGCAAAAGAGCUGGGUCUAGAUAUAUGUCUAAUGUAUAUAGAAAUUGAGAAAGGGGAAGCAGUACAAGAAGAAUUGCUAAAGGGUCUGGACAACAAAAACCCAAAAAUCAUAGUAGCAUGUAUAGAGACCCUGAGGAAAGCACUAAGUGAAUUUGGUUCAAAAAUAAUCUCACUAAAGCCAAUUAUUAAAGUACUGCCAAAACUUUUUGAGUCUCGGGAAAAGGCUGUUCGGGAUGAAGCCAAACUCCUUGCUGUGGAGAUCUACCGUUGGAUAAGGGAUGCUCUGAGACCUCCACUGCAGAAUAUCAAUUCUGUUCAGCUAAAAGAACUGGAAGAAGAAUGGGUCAAAGUCUCAUCAUCUGCCCCUAAGCAGACCAGGUUCCUGCGUUCCCAACAGGAGCUGAAAGCAAAAUUUGAGCAGCAGCAGGCAGAUGGAGGAGAUGCAGAUGGAGGAGGUGAUGAUGAGGAGGAGGCAGUACCACAGGUAGAUGCCUAUGAGUUGCUUGAAGCUGUAGAAAUUCUUUCCAAGCUUCCCAAGGACUUCUAUGAGAAAAUAGAAGCAAAAAAGUGGCAAGAAAGGAAAGAAGCUCUAGAAGCUGUUGAAGUGCUGGUGAAAAAUCCCAAACUGGAAUCAGGAGACUAUGCAGACUUGGUUAAAGUUCUCAAAAAGGUUGUUGGAAAGGAUACAAAUGUUAUGUUGGUUGCAUUGGCUGCCAAAUGCCUUGCUGGACUGGCUACUGGCCUCCGAAAGAAAUUUGGACAGUAUGCAGGGCAUGUUGUUCCAACAAUCCUGGAGAAAUUUAAAGAGAAAAAGCCUCAGGUAGUACAGGCACUGCAGGAGGCCAUUGAUGCAAUCUUUCUUACAACCACCUUGCAGAACAUAAGUGAAGAUGUGUUGGCAGUGAUGGAUAACAAAAACCCAACAAUUAAGCAACAAACAUCCCUUUUCAUUGCAAGGAGCUUCCGGCACUGUACACCUUCUACUCUGCCAAAAAGCCUGUUAAAACCUUUCUGUGCUGCACUUCUAAAGCAUAUCAAUGAUUCUGCUCCUGAAGUAAGAGAUGCAGGAUUUGAAGCAUUAGGCACUGCCUUGAAGGUGGCUGGAGAGAAAGCUGUGAAUCCUUUUCUAGCAGAUGUAGACAAACUAAAGCUUGAUCGGAUUAAAGAGUGUGCUGAGAAGGUAGAACUGAUUUAUGGUAAAAAGACAGGAGGAGCUGCUGAGAAAAAAGAGGGCAAGGCUGUUAAUGGAAAGGCUCCAGCUCUUUCAGGGUCUGGAGAUAAAGAAGCAAAAGAUGCAGCAGCCAAACCAGGACCACUGAAGAAAGCACCUGCUGUGAAGCCUGGGGGCCCACCCAAGAAAGGCAAACCAGCUGCAGCUGCAGGCAUGGGAGGUGCUGGGGUUAAAGGCAAGAAGGGUCCUGAGACAAAGGAGAUAUUUGAACCAGAGCUCUCAAUAGAAGUAUGUGAGGAGAAAGCUGCUGCUGUCCUUCCAGCUUCUUGUAUCCAGCAGCUGGACAGUGGCAACUGGAAAGAGAGGCUUGCCUCCAUGGAGGAGUUUCAGAAGGCUGUUGAGCUUAUGGAGAGAAGUGAAAUGCCUUGCCAAGCUCUAGUAAGAAUGCUGGCCAAGAAACCUGGUUGGAAGGAAACAAAUUUUCAGGUGAUGCAGAUGAAGCUGCAUAUCGUUGCACUGAUUGCACAGAAAGGAACCUUCUCCAAAACUUCAGCACAGGUUGUGCUGGAUGGUCUUGUAGACAAGGUUGGUGAUGUGAAAUGUGGCAGUAAUGCAAAAGAAGCCAUGACAGCAAUAGCAGAGGCAUGUCAGUUGCCAUGGACUGCUGAGCAGGUUGUGGCUAUGGCUUUCUCUCAAAAGAAUCCUAAAAACCAGUCAGAAACUUUGAACUGGCUUUCAAAUGCAAUUAAAGAGUUUGGUUUUUCUGGACUGAAUGUCAAAGCUUUCAUCAGUAACGUCAAGACAGCUCUUGCUGCAACCAACCCAGCUGUGAGGACUUCUGCCAUUACCUUGCUGGGAGUCAUGUACCUUUAUGUUGGACCUCCUUUGCGAAUGUUUUUCGAGGAUGAGAAGCCAGCACUUCUCUCCCAGAUAGAUGCAGAAUUUGAAAAGAUGCAAGGGCAGACAGUGCCAGCCCCAAUUCGUGGCAUCUCCAGGAACAGUGCAGUAGGUGGGGAUGAUGGUGAGGAAGAGGAACAGGAGGAUGUUGGGAAUGAUGUUGUGGAUCUUUUGCCAAGAACAGAUAUUGGUGAUAAGAUCACAGCUGAAUUGGUGUCUAAGAUUGGUGACAAAAACUGGAAGAUCAGAAAAGAAGGUUUAGAUGAAGUGACAAGCAUAAUAAAUGAUGCUAAGUUCAUACAGCCAAACAUAGGAGAACUUCCAGCUGCUCUGAAGAGUCGUCUUAAUGACUCCAAUAAGAUCUUGGUGCAGCAAACUCUGAGCAUUCUUCAGCAGCUGGCAACUGCAAUGGGCCCCAGUAUCAAACAGCAUGUGAAAAAUUUGGGUAUUCCUGUCAUUACAGUCCUAGGAGACAGCAAGAAUAAUGUUCGUGCUGCUGCACUGGCAACUGUGAAUGCCUGGGCUGAACAAACUGGUAUGAAAGAGUGGCUGGAAGGGGAAGACCUGUCUGAAGAGCUCAAAAAAGAAAAUCCUUUCUUAAGACAAGAGCUUCUUGGUUGGCUGGCUGAGAAGUUGCCCACCCUACGUUCUGUUCCUUCUGACCUGCUCUUGUGUGUGCCUCACCUCUACUCCUGCCUCGAAGAUCGGAACGGGGAUGUGCGCAAAAAGGCUCAGGAUGCUCUGCCCUUCUUCAUGAUGCACCUUGGCUUUGAGAAGAUGGCAAAAGCCACUGGCAAGCUGAAGCCAACUUCCAAAGACCAGGUACUGGCCAUGCUUGACAAAGCCAAAGCCAACAUGCCAGCCAAACCAGCCCCUCCUGCAAAAGCAUCUUCCAGAGUGGUAGGGGGAGCAGCUCCAGCCAAAUUCCAGCCUGCAUCAGCACUUGCUGAAGAUUUGGGGUCCAAUGCCAUGGAAUCCAAGCCUGAUCCCAAAAAAGCCAAAGCAGGAGGAGUGUCCUCUAAAGCUAAGGGUAUCCAGGGGAAGAAAGUGCUAAGCAAGCCUAAUUUGAAGGAAGAUGAUGAUAAAUCAGGUCCUAUUUUUAUCAUAGUCCCAAAUGGAAAAGAACAAAGGAUGAAAGAUGAGAAAGCUCUGAAGGUUUUAAAAUGGAAUUUCACUACUCCUCGUGAUGAAUAUAUUGAGCAGCUAAAAACUCAGAUGUCCAGCUGUGUGGCAAAAUGGCUCCAGGAUGAGAUGUUUCAUGCAGACUUUCAGCACCACAACAAAGCCCUGGCUGUCAUGAUUGAGCACUUGGAGAGUGAAAAAGAUGGAGUCAUCAGCUGCCUGGAUCUCAUCUUAAAAUGGCUUACCCUGAGGUUCUUUGAUACCAACACAAGUGUUCUGAUGAAAGCACUUGAAUAUCUUAAACUGCUUUUCCAUAUGCUGAGUCAAGAGGAGUAUCACCUUACAGAGAAUGAAGCAUCCUCUUUCAUCCCAUAUCUUGUCCUAAAGGUAGGAGAGCCAAAAGAUGUCAUCCGCAGGGACGUACGUGCCAUUCUGAACAGGAUGUGUCUCAUCUAUCCAGCCAGCAAGAUGUUCACUUUCAUCAUGGAGGGGACAAAAUCCAAAAACUCAAAGCAGCGUGCAGAAUGCCUGGAAGAGCUUGGGUGUCUGGUUGAAUCAUAUGGCAUGAAUGUGUGCCAGCCAACUCCAGGGAAAGCCUUAAAGGAAAUGGCAGCUCACAUCGGUGACAGGGACAACACCGUGCGCAACGCUGCCCUCAACACCAUUGUCACUGUCUAUAAUGUCCAUGGUGACCAAGUCUUCAAGCUGAUUGGAAAUCUCUCUGAGAAAGACAUGAGCAUGCUGGAGGAAAGGAUCAAGAGGUCAGCCAAGAGACCCUCCACUGCUCCAGUCAGACAGGCAGAGGAGAAACCUCAGCGCGCUCAGACCAUCAGCGCUAACGCCAGCAUGCUGAGGAAGGCACCAGCUGAGGACAUGUCCUCCAAACUCAAUCAGAACCGCAGCAUGGGCAGUCACUCGGAGGCAACGCACACGGUUCCUCGGGAAUUCCAGCUGGAUCUUGAUGAAAUUGAGAAUGACAACGGUACUGUCAGAUGUGAGAUGCCAGCACUUGUACAGCACAAACUAGAUGACAUCUUUGAGCCAGUCUUGAUUCCUGAGCCCAAAAUCCGUGCUGUGUCCCCACACUUUGAUGACAUGCACAGUAACACAGCUUCUACUAUCAAUUUUGUCAUCUCCCAAGUAGCCAGUGGUGAUAUAAAUACAAGCAUCCAGGCUCUGGCACAGAUUGAUGAGGUUGUCAGACAGGAAGACAAAGCAGAAGCUAUGUCUGGCCACAUUGACCAGUUCCUAAUAGCUACAUUUAUGCAACUUCGUCUCAUCUACAAUACACACAUGGCAGAUGAGAAGCUGGACAAAGAUGAGAUUGUCAAACUUUACAGCUGCAUUAUUGGGAGCAUGAUCUCGCUGUUUCAGAUAGAGAGUCUGGCUCGAGAGGCCUCCACUGGUGUGCUGAAGGACCUAAUGCAUGGUCUGAUUACAUUAAUGCUGGACUCUCGGGUUGAAGACCUUGAGGAGGGUGAGCAGGUCAUCCGAUCAGUCAACCUCUUGGUAGUGAAGGUUCUGGAAAAGUCUGACCAGACGAACAUCUUGAGUGCUCUGCUUGUUUUGCUACAAGACAGUCUGCUAGCAACAGCCAUCUCUCCUAAGUUUUCAGAACUUGUCAUGAAGUGUCUCUGGAGGAUGGUGCGCCUUCUUCCACAAACCAUUAACAGCAUCAAUCUGGAUCGAAUUCUCCUGGAUAUACACAUUUUCAUGAAGAUCUUUCCCAAAGAGAAGCUGAAGCAAUGUAAGAGUGAGUUUCCCAUAAGGACACUGAAGACUCUGCUUCACACCCUGUGCAAGCUGAAAGGGCCCAAGAUCUUAGAUCACUUAACAAUGAUAGACAACAGAAAUGAGUCUGAGCUGGAGGCUCACCUGUGUAGAGUAGUGAAACACUCCAUGGACCAGACUGGAAGCAAAGCUGAUAAGGAUACAGAGAAAGGGGCUUCUCGCAUAGAGGAGAAGGCUUCAAAGGCUAAAGUUAAUGAUAUUUUGGCAGAAAUAUUUAAGAAGAUUGGCUCUAAGGAGAACACUAAGGAGGGUCUGGCGGAGCUGUAUGAAUACAAGAAGAAAUAUUCUGAUGCAGACAUUGAGCCCUUCCUGAAAAACUCCUCUCAGUUCUUCCAGAGCUAUGUGGAAAGAGGCCUUAGGCUGAUAGAAACAGAACGGGAGGGGAAGGGACGCAUUGGUGCCUCAGCAGGAAUUUCUUCUCAGAUGGAAGGAACAUGUGUUCCUGCUUCUACCCACACUGUAUCUUCAUCUAUAGGAAACACAAACGGGGAGGAAGUGGGUCCUUCAGUUUACUUGGAAAGAUUAAAAAUCCUCAGGCAGCGUUGUGGCCUUGACAACGCAAAGCAGGAAGACAGACCACCUCUGACAUCUCUGCUCUCUAAACCAGCAGUCCCUACAGUUGCAUCCUCUACAGAUAUGCUUCACAGUAAGCUCUCCCAGCUCCGUGAGUCACGGGAGCAGUACCAACAUCUGGACCUGGACUCCAAUCAGACUCAUUCCUCUGGCAUUGGAACUACCCUGGCUUCACCCUCAUCUGCAGCAGCUAAUAUUGAUGACUUGAAAAAAAGAUUGGAGAGAAUAAAAAGCAGUCGCAAAUAAAGAUGCAAGAGAGGCAGCAUCACUGUUGCUUGGGCUGUCUUCAGCUUUAGUUUACUAAACUAGAAGUCUUCAUAGUUAAAUGGCCUCAUUUAGGCCUAAUGUAUACAAACUGGUUUAUGUAUUAUACAGUGGAUUUUGGGGGGCUGAGUCAUUGAUUGUGGCACAAGUAUUUGUACAUACUCUGCUUCUCAGCGAGCAUCUCUUUGACAAUAGAAGGCUGUCUGUGUAUUAGUUUUAGUGUACAGACCUGUAAACAACCAUCCUCUUGCUCAGACUAGUUUCUCAUAACUUGUUUUUUUAUUUGUAAAAUUGUCUUUAAGAUCUUUUCCUAGUUCUUAACUCUUAGAAGAUCUCUAGUGAUUUCACUUUUAAUUUUGUGAAUUCUUCUCCAUGUAAUCCUUGAACUGUUGAUUCUAUAUGGACACAUGGCAUGAAGUAACUAAUUUAAGUGUCUUUUGUAAAUAAAGUUUGCAUUAACUAUA